AAAUUUUCAUUUAAGUUGCAUAAACAUUGAUGGAGCCUAAGCCUAACUUUCUGUUUCCAUUUCCAUUCAUGUUCUUCAUUACUCACUGGUUUCUAUUGGCUCUUCAUGGAAGGGCUGAGAGUUCCACAUAUAUAGUCCACAUGGAUGAAUCCCUCUUUCCUCGUGUCUUCAAAACCCAUCAUGAUUGGUUUGAGUCUACCAUUGAUUCCAUAAAAUCCGCAACACUUGGUGACUCAUCCAAGCAAUCACCAAAACUAUUGUACACCUAUAACCAUGCCAUGUAUGGCUUUAGUGCAGUCUUAUCUUCAAAAGAGUUGGAGGCUGUUAAGAAUUAUCAUGGCUUUGUUGCAGCAUAUGCAGACAGAAGUGCCACCAUAGACACCACUCACACUUUUGAAUUUCUCUCCCUAGACUCUUCCAGUGGUCUAUGGCAUGCAUCAAAUUUUGGGGAGGAUGUCAUUGUGGGUGUUAUUGACUCAGGUGUGUGGCCUGAGAGUGAGAGCUUUAAAGAUGAUGGCAUGACCAAAACAACUCCAAACAAAUGGAAAGGGACAUGUGAAGAAGGUCAAGAUUUCAACACUUCCAUGUGCAACUUCAAGCUGAUUGGAGCUAGAUAUUUCAACAAGGGAGUGAUUGCUGCAAAUCCCAAUGUUACACUCAGCAUGAACUCAGCUAGAGACACUGAGGGUCAUGGAACUCACACAUCAUCAACAGUUGCUGGCAACUAUGUUAGUGGAGCCUCUUUCUUUGGGUAUGCUAAAGGGGUGGCUAGAGGCAUUGCACCAAAAGCUAGGCUUGCCAUGUACAAGGUUGUUUGGGAAGAGGGUCGUGUAGCCGCUGAUGUUUUGGCUGGCAUGGACCAAGCCAUUGCUGAUGGGGUUGAUGUGAUUUCCAUCUCUAUGGGGUUUGAUGAUGUUCCUCUUUAUGAGGACCCUAUAGCAAUUGCUUCUUUUGCAGCAAUGGAAAAAGGGGUGUUGGUUUCAUCUUCUGCAGGUAACUAUGGUCCUGAUUUUGGUUCCUUGCACAAUGGAAUCCCCUGGCUUCUCACUGUGGCUGCAGGCACCAUAGACCGCACAUUUGGUGCUCUAGUUCUUGGAAAUGGCCAAACCAUCGCUGGUUGGACCUUGUUUCCGGCAAAUGCCAUAGUGGAAAAUCUUCCACUUAUCUACAACAAGAAUAUAUCAGCAUGUAACUCAGUCAAGGUGUUAUCCAAAGUGGCCACACAUGGGAUCAUUCUCUGUGACACUAAGUUAGACACAGUGUUCAUGUCUAAGCAAAUGUGGUUUGCUGAUAAAGCCAGUUUGUUAGGGGCAGUGUUUAUCUCCGAUUCCCCUUUAUUAGAUGACACAGGUAUUGGCAGAUCUCCAAGCAUUGUAAUCAGUGCACAGGAUGCACAAUCCGUGAUCAAGUAUGCAAAAAGCCAAAAGAAGCCAACAGCCAGCAUCAAAUUUCAACAAACAUUUGUUGGAAUAAAGCCAGCACCAGCUGCUGCCUCUUACUCUUCAAGAGGUCCUUCACCUAGCUAUCCUGGGGUCUUAAAGCCAGACAUAAUGGCACCAGGCUCAAAUGUUCUUGCUGCUUUCAAUCCUCAUUUGGAAACAGCCACCAUUAGCACCAAUGUGAUCUUACCUAGUGACUACAAUUUGUUGUCUGGAACAUCCAUGGCCUGCCCUCAUGCUUCCGGUGUUGUUGCUCUUUUGAAAGCUGCACACCCUCAAUGGAGUGCUGCUGCUAUAAGGUCUGCACUAGUAACCACAGCUAGUCCUCUAGAUAAUACUCAAAAUCCAAUUAGAGACUAUGGUUACCCUUCUCAAUAUGCUUCCCCUCUUUCCAUUGGAGCUGGGCAAAUUUAUCCUAACAAAACACUUGAUCCAGGUUUGAUAUAUGAUGCCACCCCACAGGACUAUGUUAAUCUCCUUUGUGCUUUGAACUACACAAAAAAACAAAUCUUAACCAUCACAAGAUCAACCUCCUACAACUGUUUCAAACCAUCCUUUGAUCUUAACUACCCUUCCUUCAUAGCUUUCUACAACAACAAAACAAGGUCAGUUUUCCACCAGUUUAGGAGGACAGUGACCAAUGUUGGAAAUGGUCCUGCCACAUACAGAGCCAAGGUGACACAACCUAAGAGCUUUGUGGUGACAGUAUCACCUGAGACAUUAUCAUUCAGAUAUAAAAAUGAGAAGCUGAGCUACAAUGUUAUAAUAAAGUAUAAGAAGUACAAGAAGGAAAAUAUCUCAUUUGGGGAUCUUGUUUGGAUUGAAGAUAGUGGUGCACACAGUGUUAGGAGCCCCAUUGUAGUGGCACCAAGUGGACUUGUGUGAGGACUUAGUUCUAGUUUGAGUUUUUCUUGUUAUGGACAUAAAAUUCUGAUUCCUUCAUCGGAUCAUGAAAAUAAUAAAUUUGAUUGAAAGUACUAUUUCCAUUU